GUGGCGUCUCGUGUCGUGUGUUUUGCGUUUAGAACCCCUUUUCCCCGCCGCUAACCCUUCCCCACUGGACGACUAGUAUGGCUUCUGAAAUUCCGGUCGAAAGGUACUACCUGCCCGAUGAGAUCGUCAUCCACAACAUGGCGUCCAGCGCUUGGGUGAGCGUUCACCGGAUGGUCAUCGAUCUCACUCCACUGUUCGUUGCCGGUCUGGUCAAGUCGGCGACGCUUAGCAAGCGUUUACAGUGGUUGCUGGCAUUCGCAGGGAAGGAUUUAAGUUCUUUCUUCCAUCCCGGCGGCACACCGAUUGAACGGACGAAUGUACGUGCGGAUCAUCCCAUCCCAGUGUUUGUGCCAGCGAUGGAGCGUAAUCCUGCUACGGGUCGUCGUUGGUGGUGCGAUCCGACGCUGAUCAUCGGUCGACUGACGCAUCUUGUCUGUCCGGUGAAAAUCAUCAACACGCUCACGUUGCAUGGGACCGAAAUGAGCGUUUGUUACGAGGAUACGAUCGCGGUGGUGCUGGAGAAGUAUCUGCGGUACAACAGCAACGCCAGGCAGUACGAAUGGCGCCGUGAUCUCGCUGUGGGAACCGAAAGAGGAAGGCUACGGAUGGACCGGACGCUGCUGGAGAAUGGAUUCUUCAUCGAAGACUUUGGCACGCGGCCAAUCAUUUGGCUCUUUUACCGUGUGCCCGACGAGCCUGCUGCUCGCGCUACUGAUCGUUCCGGUGAUGAUACGGGUUCUUUCUCCGGAAAUACAUCCCCCCCUGGAUCGCGAGGAGUUGCGGCGUAA